CUACAUCUAUGAUACCCAACAAAAUACCUUAUUUGACACUUCAAGUUCAUGGAGUUUCAAGUGAGCAUCAGCGUCGUCGUCGUCGUCGUCGUCGUCGUCGUGAACCAAUGAACAAAAGCAACAGCAAAAGAAGAGCAGCAGAGCAACACCUCCUCUCUCUUCUCGACACCUGCGACUCCAUUCCCAAGCUCCAUCAAGCUCAAGCUCAUCUUCUCAAGCUCGGCCUCCAUUCCAACCCUCUCGUCCUCACCAAGUUCACCUCCACCUCCUCCUCCCUCUCCUCCCUUUCCUCCUCCCUCUCCCUCCUCUUCUCCCCCUUCUCUUCCCCUCACCUCUAUGACUCCUUCCUCUUCAACACCCUCAUCCGAUCUCUCGCCCACUCUUCUUUCAACCUCCUCGCCAUCUCUUACUUCUCUCUUAUGCUCCGCCGCCGCCUCCUUCCCAACAAGUUCACCUUCCCUUUCCUCCUCAAAGCCAUCGCUGCCGCUCCCUCUCCUCACCUCCUCGGCCCCCAAGCUCACGCCGCCGCCAUCAAGUUCACUUUCGCUGAUGACCUCUUCGUCCGCAACACCUUGAUUCAUAUGUACUCUUGUUGUUCUGGUGGGUUUCACUCCGCUCGCAAGGUGUUUGAUGGAAUGCCCAAGACGAAUGUUGUCUCCUGGAGCGCCAUGAUUGGCGGGUACGUUCGCUCGGGGCUGUCCAACGAAGCCGUGGCACUCUUUCGUGAAAUGCAGGUGAGUGGUGUCCGUCCCGAUGAGGUCACUGUCGUCGCCGUCCUCUCUGCGUGCGCGGACUUGGGCGCGCUUGAGCUCGGCCACUGGAUCAAGUCCUUCGUCGAGAGGGAGAGGAUUCCCAAGACUCUGCCUCUUUGCAACGCGCUGCUCGACGCUUUGGCCAAAUGUGGUGACAUUGAUGGUGCUCUGAAGGUGUUUGUGGAAAUGCCUGAGAGAAGCAUUGUGUCAUGGACUUCAGUGAUUGAUGGUCUUGCUAUGCAUGGCCGUGGCCGGGAGGCUGUUGCCGUGUUUGAGGAGAUGAGAACUGCUGGUAUCGUACCCGAUGAUGUUGCGUUCAUAGGCGUGCUCUCUGCGUGCAGCCAUGCUGGUAUGGUUGAUGAUGGUCGCCAUUAUUUUGCAUCGAUGAAGAGUGAGUUCGGCAUUGAGCCGAAGAUUCAGCAUUGUGGUUGCAUGGUGGAUUUGUUUAGCCGAGCAGGGAUGGUUGAACAAGCUAUGGAGUUUGUGCAAUCGAUGCCAAUGAGGCCGAACCCGGUCAUUUGGCGAACACUCAUCAGUGCUUGUAGAGUUCAUGGUAAGUUCGAGCUCGGAGAAAGCAUCACAAGAAAUCUCCUCAAAGAUGAACCUAUGCAUGGAUCAAACUACGUAUUGUUAUCAAAUGUCUAUGCAUUGUCCCGCCGAUGGGAGAAGAAGUCGGAGAUAAGGAAGGUUAUGAGCAAACAAGGGAUCAAGAAGGUCCCGGGUUGUAGUUUGUUAGAAUUCAACGGUGAAAUUCACGAGUUCAUUGCCGGAGAUGAGCUGCAUUCGAAGUACAGAGAUGUGUUUGAUAUGGUUGAAGAGAUGGGGAGGAAGUUGAAACUCGCCGGGUAUGUUCCGGUGUUAUCUGAGGUGUUAUUAGACAUUGAUGAGGAAGAUAAAGAGGAUGCAUUGCAUCAACACAGUGAAAAAUUAGCCAUUGCUUUCGCAUUGUUAAAGACAGCUCCCCGGACGACGAUAAGGAUUGUCAAGAACCUUAGAGUUUGCGCCGAUUGUCACUUGGCUACUAAGUUCAUAUCUAAAGUUUAUGAUCGGGACAUCGUCGUUAGAGACCGAAAUCGGUUUCAUCAUUUCAAAGAUGGUCUGUGUUCUUGCAGAGAUUUCUGGUGAGAGGAGGAGCAUACAUGCUGCUUGAAACAAACAAGAGUAACAUACACCAUUCAUAUCUUGAUCAAUCAUAUUUUGUUGUUCAUUGAAGCCUAGAAAUUAUUCAUGAAAUUCACACUUGAAUCAAGGGAAGCAAGGAUCUCCGUUCUGUUGACAAUACCAUGGUCUAGUGGUAAGACACUUUUGGUAGUGAAUAAUUAGUGCGGGUUCAAAAUCCGAGAGUUCUAUUCAUUGGACUAGGGUUCAAAGUAUUCUAUUCAUUCCCGUAGUCCAUGGUUUAAAUUUAAAAUUAUUCAAAUAUAGUUGAAAUCCUAUUUCAUCACUAGCAAAAUUGGAUUUGACCUUCUUUUAUUAUUAU